UAGUCGAUUUUGAGUUGUGGAUGAUGUGAGAUCAGCUGUAGUUGAAAAUAGUAGACGACACUAAAUUUUUUGAGAUGCGGUCGCUUGGAAUAACACUUAUUAGCCUCGGAUUAACAAGUAUAGUAAUUGGAAAUGCAUAUUACCAAAAGAAACAGUUUUAUCCGUCAAUUGUGUACAUCACAAAAUCAAAUCCGAGUAUGGCGGUGAUUUAUGUUCAGGCAUUUAUUCUUGUUAUACUUGCUGGAAAAUUGAUGCGGAAAGUGUUCUUUGGCCAGUUACGAGCUGCUGAAUUCGAGCAUCUGGUAGAACGAUCAUGGUAUGCAGUGACAGAAACCUGCCUUGCUUUCACUAUGUUCAGAGAUGACUUCAGUCCAAAGUUUGUGGCACUCUUCAUACUGCUUCUGUUCCUGAAAUGCUUCCAUUGGCUAGCUGAGGAUCGUGUUGACUUUAUGGAACGUAGUCCAGUUCUCUCUCAUCUUUUCCACGUCCGAAUUGUAUCUCUGCUGAUGAUGUUAGCGGGACUUGAUAUGCAUUUUGUUGAGCAUGCAUACCAUUCCACAGUAACAAAAGGAGCAUCAGUGCAACUGGUAUUUGGUUUUGAAUAUGCUAUUCUGCUCACUAUCGUCUUCAAUAUAACCAUAAAAUACACUCUUCAUACGAUCGAUCUCAACAGUGAUAGUCCAUGGGAAAACAAGGCCGUUUUCCUUCUCUAUACUGAACUUGUUAUGGGUUUCAUCAAGGUUAUUCUGUAUAUUACAUUUGUUGCCAUAAUGGUCCGAAUUUAUACAUUACCAUUGUUUGCCUUCCGCCCAAUGUAUUACACUAUGAGGUCAUUUAAAAAAGCCUUCAAUGAUGUUAUUCUGUCUCGGCGUGCUAUAAGAAACAUGAACACAUUGUAUCCUGAUGCUACACCAGAGGAACUAGCAGCUGCCGAUAAUGUUUGCAUCAUCUGCAGAGAGGAGAUGGUGUCAGCAUCUAAAAAGCUGCCGUGCAAUCAUAUCUUCCACACAGCAUGCUUACGAUCGUGGUUCCAAAGGCAACAGACAUGCCCCACGUGCCGACUCAACAUACUUCGCACUCCAGCACCGUCACAACCUGCACAACAGCAGCAGCAACAACAGCAGCAGCAACAACAACAACAGCAGCAACAGCAGCAGCCACAACAAGUUCCUCUGGUGGGACCACCUCCUUUAAUCCCCCAGAUGCCACCACCAGGUGGCCUAAACAUACCUCCAUUUGUUGGUCCACUUCCAUUCUGGCAAAUGUUUCAACCACAUGUACAAGCUCAACCACAGCCACAGCCACAACCACCUCAACAGAGGCCAGACCAGCCAUCCACAGCAGCGACACAGCAAGCAGCAGCAGCAGGCACUUCUGCACCAUCAGGAGCUGCUGCUGGUGGAUUGGCGGAUGGCACUGCCAGUCAGCAACAAGCCUCAGGAUCUGCAGCUGGAGGAGUAGCUGCAGGAGCAACAUCUGUGGGAGGAACUGGGACAGGAGGAAUGCCUUUUAUUUGCCCACCAUUCCCUUUCAUGCCCUUUAUUCCGCCACCACCUGUUCCACCACCUAAUCUUGCUGCAUUCACUACAGAGGAGCUUCAUCGUAUGGAGGGCAACACCAGGGAGGCUGUGGAAGCUCGCUUGCAGUGCCUUCGUAACAUUCAAUUACUGCUUGAUGCUUCAGUUGCCAUGAUGCAGCAAUAUGCUUCAGUGGCAGUCAGGAUAGAACAAGUGACAACAAAAGUAGGUAAUGAUCAGGUGCUGGUUAAUGGAACAGGAAGUAAUGAUGUAGAGUCAAAUACGGGUCCAGCAACUACAGAGACAGGAGCUGCAGGUGAAACGAGACGGUCAACUGAUGUUGCAUCUGCUCUUGCAAGCAGUGCUAGCAGCUCCAGCAGCAGUAGCAGCAGAGCAGAAACAUAUCCUGUUUCAAAUUCAUCCAGUGAUGCUAAUAACUCAAGUCCCACUGAACAAGAAGAGAUCAGGCGAAGAAGAUUACAGAGAUUUGCACAAGCAACUGACUGAACUGUAUAAUAUUUUCAAGUGUUAUGUCUUGUCUGUUUUGUUUGUUUUCUGUUGUGAGUGAUAAAGAUCAUUGCUUUUGCAGUGGAAGUUGUGUGACAAAUCAAGACCCAUGUAUGCCAUUUAUUGUUUAAUAAUUCAGUUUACAAAGACCACAUGAAAUCAUGUCAAUUAAAUGGCACACAUUUUGUAAAGGAAAUAUAUAUCCAAAAUUAAAUGCAGAUCAUUAUUAACUGUACACAGAUAUGCUUACAUUUCAGGAAGUGGAUGUCUUUUGAAUGUGGGGUAAUCUAUAUAUUAUUUUAUGGACUGUAAUGUAAUUGCGAAAUUAUCAUUUCUUUAUUUGUACAGUGUAAAAUUUCUGUUGUGUGUGUGUGUGUGUGUGUGUGUGUGUGUGUGUGUGUGUGUGUGGGGAGGGGAGGGAGAGAGAGAGAGAGGGAGGGUUGAAUUUUGUAUACAACUGGGUAUUCAUUCAUUUGUUUAUGCAGUUCCGGGAAAUAUGAACUUGUUCAUCCAUUUGUUUCUGUAUAAACUGAAUGUGGCUGUAGGUGUUCUACUGUUUGAAGACACUGUGAGAUGCUUUUAUGCAAGUUUUGUGUAAAGUAUUUGGCCCAUUUCAAAUAAAGACAAUAUGUGAGUCCCAGGAAACAAUAA